CUGAGCGCUACUUUUCUCCAGUAGUUCAAAACACGAGUUCCCCUCACUCUAAUAAUUCAACACCACCUCUUCCUUGCCCAACAUGUCUCAAACCACCCAAGAAAAGCCCCGAGACCCUACUCUCCAUCUCAUUGCCGCCCGUCGGGGCGCCGCCACCAUCCUCCGCGCCGGCCAAACUAUCAAAGUCAUAAACACCUCCGGCCACCAAGUCGUCGACACCUGGGCUUUCGCCCUCCCCUCAUCCUCCCUCCCAACAGUCGAUGCCCCAAUCUUCCCCGCCGCCCUAUCUGCUCCAGCGACCUCUUACUCCGUCGCCGCCAACACAGCCGCUGCCGCCCCUGAGUACAUGUCCAUGUCCCACACGCGAGCCUCACUGCUGAAGCUCACACCCGAACUCGGAGAUACACUGCGGAGUCAGAAGCGGGCGCCGAUGUUGACGCUGGUAGAAGAUACAAGCGCAGGUGUGCAUGACACUCUGAUCGCGGCGUGCGAUCGGUGGCGGUAUAGCGAGUUGGGAGUGACGACGUACCACGAGUCUUGCACGGAUAAUUGCUGGGACGCGUUGGAGAAGCUUGCUUUAUCGCUUCCCAAGAAUACAGAUGCGGAGAAAGAGGUGGUAGAUGGAUUGCUAGGGUUGCAGGCACGGUGGGGUGGGCGGGUCCCGGACCCUUUCAAUCUAUUUAUGAAUAUUCCGGUUACGGAGGAAGGAGAGGGCGCGAAGAGAGGGGUUAGUUUUGAGGCGCCGCUUACGAAGGAGGGAGACUAUGUGGCGCUCUGGGCGGAGAGAGAUUUGGCGGUUGUGAUGAGUUCGUGUCCGCAGGAUGUGUUGAGUAUCAAUGGGGGCAAGCCGAUGGAUGCACAUUUUCAGAUUAUAGAUAUUCCUAAAGCUUACUAUAUCACUGGCCUCAUUAAAGGCCACCAUAUAUACAUGAACUCUGUUUAUCGUCCGCCGUUGCGCGGCAAGCAGGGUUGCUGGACCUGCCGCUUGCGAAAGAAGAAAUGCGACGAGGGUCGACCGCAUUGUUCGACGUGUGAAUCGCUAUCAAUUACUUGCUAUGGUUACGGUCCAAAACCCGACUGGAUGGACAAUGGGGAGAAAGAAAGAGCAAUUUCGAAAAGUAUCAAAGAUAUCGUCAAAUACACUUCGAGACGCAAAAGGACAACCCAGCUUCCGAAGGAACACGAACCAAUCGUCCUAGCGCCCAAGUCCUCGAGUGCUUCUGUGGAGAACACCUCUUCCAACUCAGGGUCAAGCCGCAUGCAUGAAUCUACCCCUCCGUCAGAUCAUGGGUCAUUACACCAAGAUAUACGCACGAAUGAAGCCCAUGCACUGUACAAUGGAUCAGACCUCAUAUUCUACAUACCGGCGGACGAGUCUACCCUUCUGAUGCAUUUUCUAGAUGAAAUCUUUCCGCUCCAAUACCCCAUGUAUAAACCGGGAAUUCUGGAUGGAGGCAGGGGUUGGCUACUUGCCCUUACUCUCCGGACAAAAUCUCUCUACUAUGCCGCUCUGGCUACUAGUGCACACCAUCGCCGGAUGAUCAUGCAAACUAAGAUGAGCCACGUCUGUCGAGCGCUGGAGGUCCAACAAGCGCAGCAUCUUGAAAACUGUUUGAAGUUGGUCAAUGAAUUUGCGCAGGUAUCGUGCCCGUACAAUGGGCUAGGCGUUACACAUACAGUCAUCCAGCUGGGAUAUUACGAGCUUUUUGCUGGCGAUGGGAAUGCGUGGAAGGCGCAUUUCCGUGCAGCGAUGAACAUGUACCAGCAAGGCUAUAAAGAGAACCUGUGUGGAUACGCUCUAACUGAAGAGUCGCGCAAGAUUCUUUUGGAGGACCGCCAUAUCUCAGAGAUUGAUCCUCUAGUUGCAGAAGAAGUUAGGAACCAUAGAUUCUUGGGCGGCUCGUUGUUCUGGCUCGAUAUAACAUCUUCCAUCACUGCGGGAACAGCGCCAUAUUUGCAGUCGUAUCACUUCCGCAUCAUCACUCCAGAUUCCCAGAUCAGACUCGACCAAGUCAUGGGCUGUAAAAAUUGGGUAAUGCUCCAGAUUGGCCGCAUCGCUGCGCUGCAUGAAAAUUGGACCCACGCGUUGGAGCAAGGAAAUGGGGAUUGUGCAGGAUUUCAGCAUACUGUAUCCGAUAUCAGUAAAGAGAUCCAGCUGUACAGUCUCACCCAGGCGACCCUAGACGAGUUCAGCAUCUCCGAAGGCCUCUCUCCUACAACGUUCAAUACGGUACCCUAUUAUUCCACGCUCAUCACAAACAUGUUCGCCUGCACAGCGUCUCUUUACCUCCACCUGAUUACCUAUGGCUUUCACAAACUUGAGCUUGUGGAUACGAUCUUCUCCGAAGCCAUGCGAAUGCUUCACACUCACAUUCCAGCACAGCUUUUGCCAGCCUUGGUUGCUCCUCUGUAUGUUAUUGGCUGCGUUGCUAAACAGGAAGACCAACAGUACUUCCGGAGCGCGUUUUCGUCUCCACCAUUGGUAGAUCCAUUACUAAAACAUCGAGAGAGAAUUUUGCCGAUCUUAGAAGAGAUCUGGCGGGGGAGGCAGGUAACGACUGACUUCACGUGGAAGGACUGUCUCGAGCUUACAAAAGAUGUACUGCUUUUUUGAGUGCUCGCGGUAAAUUUUGUUCUUGCAGUCUUUUCAUGGUUCAAAGGUAGCGGGGGACCGCCCCAAUAUAUCGAAUCCGAACUGAUCACGU